AUGGAGAGAGUACCUCCUCCUCAAGGACCACCACCGUCCUAUGCCUUUGUGACGAAAGUCUAUAAACGAAGUUUACGACCUGUUAUUAUUGCUGUAACGAUAUUGGCUGGUUUCUGGACAUUGUUCUCAGGAGUAAGAACCUGCUCUACCUACACACCCACCGACUCAGAAGACUCAUCGUCUUUCAGAUUGGUCACUUCCGCAAUGCACCCUACUUUGCCGAACGUUCGUCCUCUCCAACACUACCUCUUGUCCGAUCAAGACAUUAACAAUGCACCAACAGAAGGAUUGACGGCCUUGAACAUCGUCGCCAUCGUAUUAGGAGCGCUAUACAUGCUCCUCACCGCUAUCGAGGCGUUCGGCCUUUUUGCCGGUGCGACUCAAAAACUCUGGGCUGCUCGGAUUUUCGCUUGGUUGUCCGCGUUUGCGUUUAUCGCUACGGCUGGGAUGGGACUUGUUCGUGUGAUCAUUCACUUCACUCAGAAGGAUAACAUCCUCGAAGCCUGCGCGAAGCUCGCAGACGGGAGCAGAGUGCGGGUAUAUACUGGGUUCUGGGGCCCUAUCAGAUAUGACACGCUUAGCCGCGAAGAUGCCGAGUUCUGGUGUAGACGCUCAUGGGACCGCGGAUCCUGGUCUGAGAUCCUCUCCUUCAUCGCUACCUCACUCCUAGCCGCACUCUUCGCCAGCAUCGCAUUCGGGUUCUACCGCCAACUCCUUGACCCCUCGAGUGUGCAGAACGCAUGGCGCGCACCCACCACAGUCCGAACGGAGGCGUACCCCUCGCCAUACGCACCGCCAUACAACGCGGGAGGACCGAUGCCGUACCCGACGUACGGGCAGUACACCCCGAGCCAUGCGCCGUACAGCGGGUAUCCCGCGUAUGGUCCCCCGCCUGGCCCUCCGCCCGCUGAGAGCAAGCCGCCUGGGUAUGGGUACUCUGAGACGAGUGAUUGGCUGCCGCCGAGAGAUGAUAAGAACCCUUUUGAGUCGCCGCAGGAUGGUACGGCUGGAGCUGCUUUCUUUUUUUGUAAUGACUGGUGCAUUAUGCUUCUAUCAUCCCUUUCGAAGGCUGAUUUGGAUUAUCAGUUAUUCCUUCUAUUAAGCGCUCAGUCUCAGUACAUUGCAGACCAUGUUCACUCUAAGGACUACGCCAAAAACCCAUGCAAAAAGCGGGAAGCGACAAGGGACACGACACGAUUCGACUCGGACGACAACGACGACAACGACGGCGACAGGGACCAUACCUCCACCGCGUUACUCCCCCUGCAGCUGGCAGCGACGCCGCCCAGCAUGACACGCGCCAAAACCGCACUGGCGAUCCUCUCUCUCCCGUUCCGCAACGGCUACAUCUUCCUCCUAUGCGUCGCCAUCGUCUUCAUGCAGGCUGGAUUCCAUGCAGGGAGCCGCGACCGCGACCGAACGAGCGCCGUGCUGCUUCUAGGCGCCACCCCCGAAAUCCGCGAAGAGCUGUUAUCCAAGACGCGGGGGCUGGUGAAGAAGUCGGACGCAGAGCACCCCAUACCCAAGCUCAUGGACGAAGCGGAGGCGCGGUUCCGGGACAAGUUGGGAAGGCAGAGCAAGACGCUCAAAGCUGCCGUGGCGGAAUAUAAACGAAGAUAUAAACGGCCCCCGCCGAAGGGCUUCGAUGAAUGGUGGAAGUUUGUGCAGCGGAAUGAUGUCAAGCUUGUCGAUGAAUAUGAUGGUCUUGUGGAGGAUCUAGAGCCGUUUUGGGGUAUGAGUGGUGUGGAAUUGCGCAGGCGCGCUGUUCAGGCAGGCGAACUCCCGUUUGUUGACCUCGUACGGAUACGCAAUGGCAAGUCGGAAAGUGUGAACUUGAAGGAUGAAGGGGUUAGCGGUAGAGCAGAAGGGUUUCGCUCGAUGAUAACUCGUUUCGUUGACAAGUUGCCGGACAUGGACUUCCCAAUCAACGCACUUGCAGAAAGCCGCGUUCUGGUGCCAUGGGAGCAUCAACACUACCCCAACAUGACAACGCAAGAUUCGUCGGGAGGCCUAAACGCCAUGCUCGGUGGGCCCUUCCAGGCGGAUUGGGCUGGCCAAGGCAAUGUAUGGGAUGCCUGGAGACGUACAUGUAGCCCCUCCUCCGCCGGUCGUCGCAUCCUCACCACCCUCCAGAGCCAAGGUCCUUCAGGUCACAACUACUUCGAUCCCCAAGGCCUUCCUUCAGGGGAUGAUUUCUACUUUGUCCCCAAUAUCACCGCCUCGCACGUCGACUUUUGCUCGAACCCCCAGCUGCACCUCGACCAAGGUCUCUUCUACAGCGACUGGAGGUCUAUCCACGCUCUUUACCCGAUAUUCAGCCCCGCCAAGGCGCCGGGGUUCAUGGACAUCAGGAUCCCCAGUCACUACUACUUUGGCAACACCCCGCGUUACACCUACGGCUGGGACUAUGUCAACCUCGAGCUGAAAGAGGUCGAUUCGAUGGAGGUUCCAUGGGAGAAGAAGGUGGACAAGGUGUAUUGGAGGGGCGCAAGCACUGGCGGAGGAAACCACCCACCCGGCUUUGCCAAUCGGUUCCACCGACACCGUUUCGUGCAAAUGGCUUCUGACACAUCAGAUUUCAACCGAACACUCACCUUUGUGGACCCUGAUGACUCUUCCCGCCUUUUGACAGCAUCCGUCACCUCGCAGAAAUUAAACCCUGAAGUUAUGGACGUCGCGUUUGUGAAGGCUGUUCGAGAGGAGAUCUAUCCUGGAGGGGCGGAGGCUCUGAGGGAGAAGAACCGUUUUGAAGAUUCGGUUGAGCUGGGGCGGCACUGGGGGUACAAGUACCUGUUGGAUAUGGAUGGGGUUGGUUAUAGUGGACGGUUCAUGGCGUUUUUGGCUAGCGACAGCGUACCCCUAAAGACAAGCGUGUAUAGGGAGUUUUAUGAAGGAUGGAUCGAGCCAUGGUUGCAUUAUAUCCCACUAUCAUCGAGCUAUCACGAAGUCUACAACAUCCAUGCCUAUUUUUCCGGUCCCACCCAGUCGACGUUAGAAGCAUACCAUAGCACAGAGAGUGACGCUGAGGCUAGCUCUACUCCCACUGGUGACGACACUGUCGAUGGUGCAGAUCCCCAGCGUCGAGAUCAAUCUGAGGGGCAGACAGGGCCUUCCCAAUCUAUCGAGGUUCGGAGAUCCGUGGAAGCAGAUCGCCGGCUGCGUCGGAUUGCGCGUGCUGGAAAGCAGUGGAAGAGGACGAUGGGGAGGCAUGCGGAUAUUGAAGCCUAUGUCUAUCGACUGUGUUUGGAGUGGGCGAGGCUGCUAGCUGAUGAUCGAAAUUCAAUGGACUAUUCGAGCUUUAAGAUUCUUUGAACGGUAUGGACUUUUGUAUUUGGGACUUUUAGCAUGAUUCUCCCUUCGUAUUUCGGGGCUGUACACUGUCGCCCACUUCUUUUUGUUAUAAUGACCCUGGCAGCAUUCAUUUGUAAAUUAUUUCAUUACGAGCAUACUUAUUCCCGUAGAUUAAUGGCAUGUCUUCAA